GUGACGCCGUGCAAUCGCGUCCUUAAAAGCCGAAUAAAAACAUAGCUUUCUGAGUUGUAGACGUGAACUACCAAAGAAAAGGUGGAGUUCAAAACUAGACUGAAGAUAAUUUUAUCAUGGCAAUGAGUCCAGAAGAAGGGGUUAGGAGGCUCACGUCUAUCCUAACGAAAAUCCACGGACUUCUUGAAAUGAAAGAGUAUGAUGAAGGUCUGAGAGAUGAGCUGUCAAAGAAAAUUCCGAAUUACAUGGAUAUUCUGGAAAAUAGGAAAAAAGAUAUUAUUAAGAAGGAUAGCAGCAUAGUUAUAACAGGAGAAACAAGUGCUGGAAAAACAACAUUGAUAAAUAGUCUGGUUGGGGAAAAGAUAUUUGUAGCUAGCAAUGUAGCAGCUACAGGAAAAAUAUGUAGAAUCCGUAAUUCAGAAACAUUAGCUUGCAAGUACUACACAAAACAAGAUGAAAUGAAAAAAGAAGAAAACGCAGAAGAUCUAAAGGAGUUGAAGAAAAUGAUAAAAAGAGGCACAGACGUCGAGUCAAUGACUGAGGAGGACAGAAAGGAAAUCUACUUUGUCGAUGUUUUGCUACCAUUUCAAAUACUAGAGGGUAGUGUAAUCAUUGUAGAUACGCCAGGAAUUGGAGAAAGUAAAGAACUUGACAAAAUCCUGUUGGGUUUUUUACCUGAUGCAGUCUCAUUUAUUUUUGUCGUCAAUGCCAGGAAUGCCGGAGGGGUUCAGGAAGGAAGGUUAAAAGACAUUCUUAAGUCCAUUCUUGAUAACCGUGACAAAAUGCCUUGCUUUAAUUGUAAAGAAGUGCUAUUUGUCACAAAUCAAUGGGAUAUUGUGGAAGAAGAUAUUGAUGAUGAUGAUGAGGAUGAAACAGAGGGCGGGAAGGAGAAAACAUGGAGAAUAAUCAACGAAAAGCUGACAAUGUGCUGGCCUGAGAUUGAUGAGAAAAACAUUUUCAGAGUCUCCCUCAAGCAGGUAAUUAACAAGACAGAAAACGAAUAUACAAGUGAAUAUACUCGAUUUCGAGAAAUCCUUGACAAAAAUAUUCGAAGGAAUGUACACCAUCGAUUUAGAAAUCAUUUCAGUUUUUUGGAGGACUUCAUGAAACAUGCUGAAUUAGGAUGCCUUGGUCGUUUGGAAUUUCUUUCAAAGAGCGAAGAAGACAAACAAAAGGAAAUAGAAAAUGCCACGGCUAAAACGGAUGCCCUUGAGACUGAUUGUAAAAAGAAAAGUAAGGAAUUUCUUGAGGACUGUGAUAGAAAAAUAGAAGAACUUGCCUUUGAACUUUGGAGUUACCUUAAUUUCCAUGGAAAGGAGAAGAUCUUGAACCCACCUGAAUUGCCUCCAAUUGAACAAAUUUCAUAUCUUAAACUAGGUACUGAAAUACCGAGGAGAAUAGAGGCAGGCGUGAGAAGAUGGUGCAUUGGUAGUGAAUGCAAAGAAAUAACGGCCGAUGCAGAAAGCCGUAUGGAAUCCUUUGUAAAAGAAAUGAGCUUUCGGAUCCAGGAAAUCAGAGCUGGAAUUAUUGGAGUCCAGUUAUCCGACAAUUUUUAUGAAGUUGCAGGGGUAUCUGCUGCCUUUGGGUUAAUGUCAUUUUUAUUUCCUAUAACUUUUGUAGUAAGUGCCUUGAUGUCUAUCGUUUUUGUUCCUACUUUAUUUGUAUUUAGCUACUUCUGGGGUACAGAAUGGCAUACGAAAAAGGUGAAUGAAAUAUAUGAUAAAUGCAUCGCAGAAAUAAGUCGAGAAGAUCUAGAGGAAAAAUUUGCUGCGUCCUUUGGUAAAGAGUACAAGAAAUCGAUCAACAAAAUUUUCGGCGAAGAAAUGCCGAAAGAAAUACGUGCACUACGCUUGACAUUGGAAAAUCUGGAAUCGGAGAGACAGGUAUUAAAAGAUAAAGAAGCUUCCUUGAGAACCCUUAAAAUGGAAAUUGAAAGAAUCAGACAAGAAAUGACUGAAAUGGGUGAAAGUCUCUCAGGAAUUAUCUACCAAGAGGUGUAGUGUACUGAACAGUGAAACAUAUCCAAAAUAGAAAAUUUUGUGUCUUUUUCUUAUGGGUUUCCGUCCCCAGCCGGAGACCCGUCUUUUAUUCUUCUGUUUUUUUUUUCACUUUUAUUAUCAUCUCCUUUUUAUAUAUGUAAAUUGUGUAGAACUGUGUUGUUUUAAGAACCAUAAUAAACAA